UUGUAGAGUUACUGCGAGACUGGCGUGACGAUUUGGAGGGAAAACAAGUAGAAGAAAGUCGAAAACAUAAUAAAUAGAAAAAAUAAAAAAUAAAAAAUUAUUUGACGAUCCCGCCGGUUCUAAGGUGAAAAAGGACGACAGAAAUAUAAAAAAAGAAGAUCAAAACACAAUCCCUCUCCCCUUUUCUCUUCCCACAACGAACCCCCAAAUUCUCUUCUCUUUUCUCUCCUCUCUAUUCGGACCUGUUCGCCGGGGAUUAUCAGUUAAGAUCGCAGGGAUCUCGUCGGGAAAUGCCGGAGGGCGUGUUGCAGAGCUUUCCGACAAGGUAAGCAUAUCGCACUCCGGCAUAUGCUGUUUUUUGUUUUGAUUCUCUGCUUCCUUUUUUUGGUUUCCUCGAAUUUUGGGCUGUCCGUUGCACGAAGUCCUCAGAUCUGCUUUCGUUUUCUCUGUUUUUGAGGAUUCGCGACUUGCUGCUUAGGUAGAUGGGAGGUGAUUUUAGGGUUUCUGGUGUAACCUUUGUGGACUUUGGUGGAUUUGUGGAGUUCUUGUAUUGAGUCUGGAGGGAACUCGUUGAGUUCACGGGGCUUCUGCGGUUGUUGAAUGAGAUGAAAGAGGGAUUAGUAUCUGGUAAUUCGUCUGGAAGGCUGGAGAAGGACAGGGUGCCUUCGGGCAGAUUAAUUGUCAAAAAGAGGGGGGGUGCCACGAGCUAUGGUGGUUCUUCAGGAAGGAAGGUCUUUGAUUCUAAGAAAGAGAAGAAGAGGCCGCGGUUGAUACUGAGUGAUUCCGAUUCCGACAAGGGGUUGGUAGUUUCUCCUCGUAGAAAGAUGCUUUGUGGAACCAGUCGAGAAAGUAAUGGUUCUGCUGCACCUAAAAAGAGUGGUGGCUGUUAUUUUAAUCGUGAGGAAAUUGAAGUUGAUAGGAAUAGAGUUAAGCCCGAACCUGUUAAACAUAGAGAAGAUUCCAAAAUUGGCAGGAACGAUUUUUUUGAAGAUGAAAUUGAAAGAAAAGGCAGUAGGAUGGAUGUCUUUGAGUACACUGAUGAUGAUGAUAUUGAUUUACAAAAGCCCAAAAGGGAAAAACUGGAUUAUGAUGAUGAGGAUGAUGAUUUUGACAUGGGUGGGUUAAAGCACCUGACCCCAAGUGGCCGGCGGAUGGAAUUUGAGAAUGGAGGCAACAUAAACAUUAUGUUUGACAAGAGGAAGAAAACCAACUCUGAUAGAAUCAACAGCCUGUUAAUUGAAAAUAACAGGGAAGCUGACCAUUUAGGUCAGAGUAGAUUUGAGAUGAAAAAAGAAGAUGGAUCAUUUUGUCCAGUUGGCUUGCCAAAGGAAAAGCAACGGGUUUCUUGUGAUGAAACUAUUAGGGUGCAGGGUAAAAAUGGAGUUCUAAAAGUGAUAGUUAAUAAAAAGAAGAAAGUUGUCAAUGCUGAAAGAAUUACCAGUCAUUGUCAAGUCAAGGAAAAUAAAAAGUCUUCUGUUUCUGCUGAUACUUCCAAUUGUAGCACAUCGUACAAAGCCUCUCCUUUCCCAAAAAGGAAAUGCAGUGGAAAACCGAGUUCUUUUGUAAAAUUGGAGAAUAAUCAACGGAACAUGCGGAAACUAUCAUCACCUAAGAACAGUAAAGUCCAUGACUGGAAAAGAGGGGAUAGUGAUACAUCAUCGAGGUUGGUUCAAAAGAAAGUAGAUACUUGUAGUUCCAAAAAGGAGGUAAGCAUAAAAGGAGACAAAAUUUUGACUUCAGAAAAUUUCCCUUCAUCUGAAGCCAAGGAUGGAGAACGGAAGUGUGGUACAGAAAAACAGUUGUUACGAAAUCAAAUAAGGGAUAUGCUUAUCAAUGCAGGUUGGACGAUCGAUUAUAGGCCUAGGAGGGACAAAAACUACAAUGAUUCGGUGUACAUCAAUCCAACAGGAACGGCUUACUGGUCAAUUGUCAAUGCAUAUUAUGCGCUUAAAACACAAUUUGAAGAUGAGGAAUCUGAAGGCAAGCCUCAUGGGAGCAGUUUUCAUUUUACUCCGAUACCGGAUGAGGUUCUUGGUAAAUUAACAAGGCAGACACGCAAAAAGAGAGAGAAAGAAAUGAAAAAGAAGCGCAAAGAGGAAAGAGGGAAUAAAAAUGUACAAAGGGCCAGUAGAAAAAAGUCUGCCAAAAACAAGCACAGUGUAGAGAGCACUGAUAGUGGCACAAAUGAUGAGAAACUGAGUUCUCUCAUUAAGAAGGGGGGCAGGUUACUGAAGGGGAAGAUAAAGAAAAAUAUUGGUAUUGGUAAAAAUGCCAAGGGCAUUUCUCAAAGUCAGAAAUCUUCAUUUUCAAAAGAAGCAGGUUAUGUAAAUGGUGAAAUGUUGAUUCAUGAAGAAGGUAAAUUGACUGGUCUCUCACACAAGGGAGUGCCUCGUGAAGAUGGUAAAUUGAUUGGUACGUCAUACAAAGGAAUGCUGAAGCCAUUUGAGGUACAUAAGCCAUAUAUACCGUCAAAUGCUCUAGAUGCAAAGAAAAAUAAAAGGCAAGGUGGAUAUGCCUUGUUGGUUCGCAGGUCUAACAAGGGGGAAAGUCCAGAUUCUGAUGAUUUUAUUCCAUAUGCUGGAAAACGAACUGUGCUCUCCUGGCUGGUGGACUCUGGAGCUAUUCCUCUUAGUGGGAAAGUGCAGUAUAUGAAUAGGAGACGAACACGAGUGAUGCUGGAGGGUUGGAUAACAAGGGAUGGCAUUCACUGUGGUUGCUGCAGUAAAAUUCUCUCAGUCUCAAAGUUUGAGAUUCAUGCAGGAAGCAAACUUCGCCAGCCAUUCCAGAACAUUUUUGUAGAGAACGGGAGUUCCCUUUUGCAGUGUCAACUUGAUGCAUGGAAUAAACAGGAGAAUUCUGCAUUCCGUGGAUUCCAUUUUGUAGAUUUAGAUGGUGAUGACCCAAAUGAUGAUACCUGUGGCAUCUGUGGAGAUGGUGGGGAUUUGAUCUGCUGUGAUGGUUGUCCUUCAACAUUCCAUCAAAGCUGCUUGGACAUUCAGAUUCUGCCUAAAGGUGAUUGGCAUUGUCCAAAUUGUUCAUGCAAAAUUUGCGAUGUUUCUGGUGAUACUACUUCUGAAAGGGAUUCUGCACCAAUCUCUGCAUUACUUACAUGCAGUCUAUGUGAGAGAAAAUACCACCAUUCAUGUAUUCAGGAAAAGGAUGCAGUUCCUGUUGAUUCCAGUUAUCCAUGCACCUCCUUUUGUGGGAAGAAGUGCAAUCAGAUUUUUCAGAAGUUGCAGAAGCUUCUUGGUGUUAAACAUGACCUGGAAGCAGGAUUUUCAUGGACUCUUAUUCGGCGAUCUGAUGUAGACUCAGAUACUUCUGUCCGUGGUCUGCCUCUUAGGACUGAAUGCAAUUCUAAGCUUGCUGUUGCACUGGCAGUUAUGGAUGAGUGCUUUUUGCCCAUCUUUGACCGGAGGAGUGGCAUUAAUUUGAUUCAUAAUGUUCUGUAUAACUGUGGAUCAAACUUAAAUCGUCUGAACUAUGGUGGCUUCUACACUAUUAUUCUGGAGAGGGGUGAUGAAAUUAUCUCUGCGGCAUCCAUCAGGAUCCAUGGGACCAGGUUGGCUGAGAUGCCAUUUAUUGGAACCCGUCAUAUCUAUAGACGUCAAGGAAUGUGUCGACGGCUUUUAAAUGCAGUUCAAUCGGCCCUCCAAUCUCUCAAUGUCAUGAAGCUGAUCAUACCAGCUAUUCCUGAGCUCAUGCAUACAUGGACGGUGGUUUUUGGUUUUGAGCCUCUCAAUGAAUCACACAGAAAAGAAAUGAAAUCCAUGAAUAUGCUAGUCUUUCCAGGUACUGAUCUAUUACAGAAGGUACUACUGAAGCAUGAAUCCGCUGAAGGAAAUGUGCAUAUGGCAGAUGCUAAGCCUAUUGAUGCUGAAGCCAACACUAAUUUUGUGCCUGAGGUGACAAAGAAUUCUGAUGUGAGUAAGGUUGAUGGUGACCUUGGUGUUUCUGAUGAGGGUGCUAGUAAUGCAUGUGAGGUGACAAAGAAUUCUGAUGUGAGUAAGGUUGAUGGUGACCUUGGUGUUUCUGAUGAGGGUGUUAGUAAUGCGUGUGACACAAAAAAUUCUGAUGUGAGUAAGGUUGAUGGUGACCUUGGUGUUUCUGAUGAGGGUGUUAGUAAUGCGUGUGACACAAAGAAUUCUGAUGUGAGUAAGGUUGAUGGUGACCUUGGUGUUUCUGAUGAGGGUGUUGUUAGUAAUUCAUGUGAGGAGGCAAAGAAUUCUGAUGUGAGUAAGGUUGGUGGUGACUUCGGUGUUUCUGAUGAGGGUGUUGUCAGUAAUGCAUGUGAAGUAAGUGAAGAAGUUGAUACUGUGCGUACCCCUGUGAUGCAUGAUGCUUUGGAUCCUCCUUGUGGAUCCAUGUUGCAUGUUUGUGAGGAUGCAACAUUACGUAAUUCUGAAGAAUCAGAUGUUGUGAAGUCUCUCCACUCUGAGGUGACUCAUGAUGAACUUGCUUUGGAUAGUAAAGCUGCUGGCAUUGAAAAUGCACAUGAAGUAACUACUGAAGCUGCUGCUGUUGAACCUGACCGUGAGUGUUCAGGUGAAACUGAAAUACAUAAUACUUCUGAGGUCUGUGUAGAUUGCUGAACAUCCAUAAGCUAUCCAAGUUCAACUGUCCCUAUAUUUAGAGAUGGAACAUGGGGAACUGGAAUUGGACGUUUUUUUUUUUUUCUUUUUUUUUUGUUAAAUAGAUCAGGUGAACAUGCUCAUGUUAGAGCAUAACCAGAACUUGUGGAUUACACUUAUCGGGAUACAGCAUCAUUGUUGUGGAUCUUAUAUGCUGAGAUGUACAUAGUAUACAUUCCUAAUGCAAUUCUUUGAGGAAGCCACAGAACGAUGUACAGGUGCAUAAAUUGGGCUUCUCAAGGCGCUAGCAAUUUAAGUUGCAUUAUUUCGUCACUUACCAAUUUGAAAAAUUAAGUGACAAGGUUGAGAAUCCUUCUUGCUGAGGAGACAUGGAGGUGACUCUGAUUACGGUGAUGGGUUAAGGUAGCAAGAAAUAAGUUUAUUGUCCUCAUGAUGCUUGGGAGGUUUCCCAAUUCUUCAAUAUUUGAUGUAGAUGUGAAAGGUUCAGAGACAGGUGAUAAUUGCAAUUUUGUUGUAGUAGAGUUAUAUGUCGUAACUAGUAAGGUCUUGCGUUCUGUAAAUAUAUUUUGUUUUAAGUUGAGUUCUGUAAAGGAUUAUAGUUAUUGUGGAGAGCUAGAGGCAAUUCAUAUUGUUUUGAUCAUAUGCCUUUCUGUUUUUUAUUUUCUUAUAUAUAAUAUUCUGUGAUCGGGACUGCGUCCUGUGAAGUAUGUGUGAUUUUAUGUUCCAUUGAGAUCUGUUGUUUACAAGUGAAAAAUGAUAAACCUUUUUCUCCA